AUGAAAGACGGUGAUGUGGAGGACCAGCGGUAUACGUGGGGAGUGUGGCUGGGCACGCUGGGAUUUAGAAAAAGGGGUGAAAGCAACUCAGUGUCGGGAGUAAAGGCUGCUGGGGGCAGGCAUUGGAGGGCAGCGGGCAGGUGGCUGAGUGGAUUGGGAUCAGGGGAGAGGGAGGACCCUGUAGAGGGCAGGGGACAGGGGCUUAGUUCAACUAUCCAGAGAGCUGCCCUAGUGGAUGAGCAAGCCGUGGCGGAGACCGCAUUUCAACAUGGGCCCAUUUGGUUCCGAGGCGACCUGCCCCUGGACCCAGAACCUGUGCUCAUGGAACGGCCUUCCAGUCAGUGCCUGGGCCCCCCCAGCCGGCCUGGUCUACAAGUGGCCUUCUCCAUUUGUGCCCAGAAUACCCCCUCCUUCUCCUUGUCAGCCAAGUCCCUCGUGAUUCAGGUUAAUGUCACCCCUGUCUUCCUGUCGCCCCCUCGCUGA